AUCAUCCGGAUCAUAAUCUUCAAUAAACAACAAUAAUUGACAGGAGUAAGCCAGCAUUCAAAACAAAGGUCGUUCAAAAACUUAAUUCAAUUAAAUAUGGCAGAAUUAAAGGAAAUUAGUUCCAAUAAAAUAUUUGGUGGAUAUCAGAAAGUGUUUUCGCAUCAAUCAAAAGAACUGUCAUGUUCAAUGAACUUUGCAAUCUUCCUACCAUCCGAUUCUGCUGAUAAAAAGUUCCCGGUUUUAUAUUAUCUCUCUGGUUUGACUUGUAAUGAACUCAACAUGGUCCAAAAAUCAGGAUUUCAACAAUUUGCAGCCAAGCAUAAUAUCAUUGUUGUCUGUCCAGAUACAUCACCAAGAAACAUUGAGAAUUUAGACACUUCCGAUUUUAAUUAUGAUUUUGGGUAUGGAGCUGGAUUUUAUGUCGACAGUACGGUUGAGAAGUAUAAGAAUUUCAGAAUGUAUAGCUACAUCUCGUCUGAAUUGAUAGAAGUUGUGAAUAAUAAUUUCCCAACUUUGGUUGACAAGCAGUCUAUAUUUGGGCACUCAAUGGGUGGACAUGGCUCAUUGAUCUGUGCUUUGAAGAAUCCUGGACUUUACAAGAGUGUCUCAGCGUUUGCACCAAUCAGCAAUCCAGUAAAUUGUCCUUGGGGGAAUAAAAAUUUCACUGGAUAUCUUGGAGAUAACAAGGAUGAAUGGAAGGCAUACGAUGCAACUGAACUUGUUGGAAAAUAUAAUGGACCUCCUCUAGAAAUAUUUGUUGAUCAAGGAAGUGAAGAUCAGUUUUUGAAGGAAAAUCAAUUGCUUCCUAAUAACUUAAUUGAUGCUGCAAAAAAGGCACAAGUUCCAAUUAUUUAUAAACUUCGUGAAGGAUAUGAUCACAGUUACUUCUUCAUUGCUACUUUUAUGGGUGAACACAUCGAAUAUCAUGCCAAAUUUUUAAAUAAUUAAAUAUUAUUGAUAUAUACUUGCACGCACGUGCUUCAAAUAAAAUAACGGUUUUGGAAC